UCUCGAGCGCCCCGCUUUCCACCAACGCUUUCCCCUUUCCCCCUCCAGCGCCGGCGGCCCCCAACCCCAAGAAAGAGAAGCUCCCGGCUCCAAAUCAGACUUACCCCCGCCUUCCGGCGUCCUACCCUCGCCGGCGCGGCUUUUAUUUCCACCCAAGAUUAGCCUCCAGCUGAAGCCCAAUUCAUCCAGCUCCGUCUCGAUGGAAGCCGAUGACGCCGCUGCCAAGCUUCGGAUCAUCAAUGACGCGGUGGAGGAGGUGUGCCGCAGGAGGUGGGACCGGCGUCGCAGUUUCUACCGCACGGUGCAGGCCAACGCUGGCCUCGCCGACGUUGACCCAUGGGAUCUCCCGCCGCUAUUCGCCAUGCCGAAGGAGAUGGGGAGCUCGAGUCUGCGGACACAUUCUGGGUACUGGAAAGAGAAAGAAGAUGAGUUCAUCGCGAUCCGCUCCGAGGGAGGAGGAGAAGGCUCGUCCUCGGCCUCCAGGUCGCCGUCCUACGAAGGGGUGAGGAGGACCCUGGAGUUUUAUGAGCAUAACGACACCAAGACGGACUGGGUCAUCCACGAGUACCAGUAUCUCGACGACAAAAUGUUUCUCCAGGAGGAUGUAGUCGUCCGUAAGGUAUUCAACAAAAAAAAAUACAGAUCGGGUCCCCUCUUAUUUCAAGGAUUUUGAUAAAGCCAUGGAAGGUUACCAUGAAAAAUUCGCCAAGCACGAUGGACUACUAUGCUCAGUGCCUCAGGCUCUCGGUUUGCAUAUGAAGAUGUGAAGUCAAAACUGUCUGAAUUCAUAGCCAAGUCUUUCACACUGGGAGGUAGCGAAGAAGCAGGAUCUGGGUGUUGGGAGUUCCCAACUGCGUCUGCUGUUCCAGAUGGACAAUCAGACGAUGUUUGGCAGCACUUCACCAGGAUAAAGACCAAAGAUCCUGAUGUGGUGUACGCAGCGUGCCACCGCUGUGACAGGGUGCUCAAGGCUCAUUCCAAGCAUCAAGGCACUUCUCAACUCAGAAGACACCUUAAUACUAAGACAUGCACAUGCAGCAACAAUCCAUCGUCCACUGCCGAAGACCAGGAAAUCCUACGUGAGCUCCGUGUAAACCUCGAUCUCUACAAGCAAGGGAAGAUGGAGGGAUGGGUUGACUCUCCGGACCUCAACGGUAGUGUGGAUCCCUGGGAUCUUUCCAGCCCACGCUACUGCACGAACUCGCUAAGCCUGAAGACGCAUCAGGGGCGCUGGGAGGAGAUUAAGAGUAAUGACAAGCUCAUCGCCAUCCGCAUGGGUCAGUUGCCGGUGCCGCAGUACGCCGGGCUGAAGAGGACCCUCCAAUUCUACCAUGACGACGGCACCAAGAUGGACUGGAUCAUGCUCGAGUAUCACCAGGUCGAUGUGUACAACACCCCUGACCUGCUUCUUGAGGGAAGCAUGGUGUUUUGCAAGGUAAUCCAAAUUUUCAAAGAUGCGAUCAAAGAGUUGGAAAGGAUGUGGAAUGGGGACGACGACAACAGCGAAGAUUGCUAUAUCGGUGAGCGUGAAGAAGAGGUGGCGGCGUGCGCGAGCACCUUGUUCCGUGACUGCUUGCUCGGUGAGGGUGUUCAAGGUGAUCAAUCACGGGUUGGAAAGCGCAAGAGAACUGGUGCUCCGCAAGGUCUGCUCCGCAAGGUCCAUCAAAAGUUUGGCUGUACUUCACUAAGAUUUACACCACAGAUCCAGACAGGGUGUAUGCAGUGUGCCACUCUUGUGAUAGGGGUUACAAGGUUCGCUCGAAAGUCGAAGAAUGGCACCUCUCAGUUCAUAAGGCACAACAAGUCAUGCUCAAGCAAGCGCCCGAAAGUGUAGAGGAAGAGCAGUCUAGCAAUUUGUACGAGUCUUCAGGAAAUAUGAACUUCAGAACAGGAGAAGAGAGAAUCCGCUGAAGCUAGGAACAAAAAGGAUGACCUUAAGCUUUGUCUUUUUCUUGUCAACGUUUCCUUUUCUCAGUUUGAUUCAGGCUUGAUCUAUCCUAAAAAAGUAAUGUCUUUCUUCAGAAAAAAAAUGUAGUGUCAGUAUGACUAAGUCGUUGAGUUUGAUGGGAGGUCGUUUUACUUUUAGGUACAAUGAUACUUGGGCCACCUAAUCAAUGAUUUGGAUAUUAGAGGAGUAAUAUCUUCUGGAUAUAAAAGGUGGAAGUUGAUUUAAUAGUAAGAUGUACUACUUGAUUUGGGAUAUGGAGCUUGCACUUUCUUUUCAGUGUUCGGGCUGAUGGGAGGCAGAUCCUUGAUGGAACUGGAAUGUGAUGUUAAAUUGUUAACUAUUGUAGACU